CAUUCAAUUGUGACGGAAAUGGCUUCGUGAGUUUUUAUAUUUUGUUUUAUAUGUGAAAAACCGUAGAAAAAAAUCUUAAGAUUGUGCAUAAAAUCAUCUUAUAAACUUUAUUAAUACAUUUUGAAAUAAAAAAGCAAAAAUUUUAGUUCUUCAAUGUUAAAUAAAAAUUGUAGUAAGUGACUGAAAGAAGAAAUUCUAAUUCACAUCGAAUUUUAAAGGAAAAAGUCAUCAUCAUCAAAUCAUCAUAUAAUCAUCGCCGAAUAGGGCACCACACGAAUACAUACAUAAAGACGUGUUGGAGCCCCAUUUCUUUAUAAUAAAGUAAAUACAGUGUAUAACCUGAAAAGAAAAUUAUCGAUUUAUGUAGUGUAGAGGAAGAAAAUCGGGAAAACUCAAUUUAAAAAGCUCUUUGUUUCCACAUAGAAAUUUUUUUUUUCUUUACAUAAUCCCACACGACACGAUAAGACUGUAUUAAAAAAAAUAUAUAUAUAUUUCUAUGAUAAUUUUGUUGUGCUGGUGAUAUUAAAUUUUAUAUUAAUAAAAAAAGAAAAAACAUUACAUUUAUUAAAAAAAUUAUUUUAUUCCUAUUUAGUGUUUGAAAACAAGGACAUUUUUUUUCGUCAUUCACAACUACAUAUAUUUUCCGAUAAGAUUAUAAAAAUUCUAUAGUUUUUCACAACAAAAAGUUAUUGUAAAACCGAAAUCAUUUCGAAACUUGAAAAUUAACUUAAAUUUGCAUCUACCUACAUAGCUGCGUAUAUAUUUUUAUAUUUAAAAAAUAAAAUUAAAAUGUCAGCGGAACGUGAAAUUCCAGCAGAAGACAGCAUUAAAGUUGUUUGUCGUUUUCGACCGCUAAAUGAUAGUGAAGAAAAAGCUGGGUCCAAAUUCAUUGUAAAAUUUCCAAAUAGUGCAGAGGAAAACUGUCUUUCUAUAGCGGGUAAAGUAUAUUUAUUCGAUAAAGUUUUCAAACCAAAUGCAUCGCAAGAAAAAGUUUAUAAUGAAGCAGCAAAAUCAAUUGUCACUGACGUAUUGGCUGGGUAUAAUGGUACCAUAUUCGCAUAUGGUCAAACAUCUUCUGGUAAAACACAUACUAUGGAAGGUGUAAUUGGAGAUUCAGUUAAACAGGGUAUCAUUCCACGUAUUGUAAAUGAUAUAUUUAACCACAUAUACACAAUGGAAAUGAAUUUAGAAUUUCAUAUAAAAGUUUCAUACUAUGAAAUCUAUAUGGAUAAAAUCCGUGAUUUAUUAGAUGUUUCAAAGGUGAAUUUAAGUGUACAUGAAGAUAAAAAUCGUGUACCUUAUGUUAAAGGUGCUUCAGAACGUUUUGUAUCAAGUCCAGAAGAAGUAUUUGAAGUAAUUGAAGAAGGAAAAUCAAAUCGUCAUAUUGCGGUCACAAAUAUGAAUGAGCAUUCAUCCCGGUCACAUUCAGUAUUUUUAAUAAAUGUUAAGCAAGAAAAUUUAGAAAACCAAAAGAAAUUGUCUGGAAAAUUAUAUUUAGUAGAUUUAGCUGGUUCAGAAAAAGUAUCAAAAACUGGUGCCGAAGGUACUGUACUAGAUGAAGCUAAAAAUAUUAACAAAUCUCUAUCAGCUUUGGGUAAUGUGAUAUCAGCAUUAGCAGAUGGAAAUAAAACACAUAUUCCUUAUCGUGAUUCAAAAUUAACCCGUAUUUUACAAGAAUCUCUUGGUGGUAACGCUAGAACGACGAUUGUUAUUUGCUGUUCCCCAGCUAGCUUUAAUGAAUCUGAAACGAAAUCAACAUUAGAUUUUGGUAGACGUGCUAAAACAGUUAAAAAUGUUGUUACCGUCAAUGAAGAACUUACUGCUGAAGAAUGGAAACGUCGUUAUGAAAAGGAAAAAGAAAAGAGUGCUCGUCUUAAAGGUAAAGUUGAAAAACUGGAAGCUGAAUUGGCUAGAUGGCGUGCUGGUGAAACUGUAAACUUAGAAGAACAAGUUAAUUUAGUUGACGUUAUGGAGGCAAGCACUCCAAAUGUAGAAGUUGAGUUAACUAAUCCAACCCCAGGACUAGUGCCAGCAACACCAAGCAUUGGUGGCCCAAUGAUUGGUUCAAUCAGCAAUGAAGAACGCGCACGCUUGGAAGCUGAGCGCGAACGUUUAUAUCAACAACUUGAUGAUAAAGAUGAGGAAAUAAAUCAACAAAGUCAAUACAAUGAAAAACUUAAAGAACAAAUAAUGGAUCAAGAAGAGUUAAUAGCAAAUGCACGUAGAGAAUAUGAAGCUUUACAAGCUGAAAUGACUAGAAUUCAACAAGAGAAUGAGAGCGCUAAAGAAGAAGUUAAAGAGGUACUUCAAGCUCUUGAAGAACUAGCAGUUAAUUAUGAUCAGAAAUCCCAAGAAAUCGACAAUAAAAAUAAAGAAAUUGAUACGAUCAAUGAAGAGUUACAACAGAAGCAACAACUACUUAAUACAACAACUUCAGAGCUACAGCAAUUAAAAGAUAUGUCAGCACACCAAAAAAAGCGUAUAAAUGAAAUGUUAUCCAAUCUUUUAAGAGAUCUAUCUGAAGUGGGGCAGGCGUUAUGUAGUGAUAGUUCUGUUGACAUGAAGAUCAACACGCCAGAUUCAGCUGGAAAAGUUGAGGAGGAGUUUACUGUUGCACGACUUUAUAUAAGUAAAAUGAAAUCCGAAGCCAAAAACAUUGCCCAGCGUUGUCAGAACCUGGAGUCAACCCAAAUGGAUUCAAAUAAAAAGGUUUCGGAGUAUGAAAGAGAUCUAGGUGAAUGUCGCCUGUUAAUAUCACAACAUGAGGCUCGUAUGAAAUCAUUGCAGGAAUCAAUGCGUGAAUCUGAAAAUAAAAAGCGAACACUUGAAGAGCAAAUCGACUCUUUGCGAGAGGAAUGUGCUAAAUUGAAAGCUGCUGAACAUGUUUCUGCUGUAAAUGCGGAGGAGAAACAGAGAGCUGAAGAAUUACGUCAAAUGUUUGAUAACCAAAUGGAUGAAUUACGUGAUGCACAUACCAAACAAUUACAUGAAUUAAGAGAUGAGAUAUCAGCCAAGCAGGAGGCUAUGAAUGAGUUAAAAGAUAUUAAUCAAAAAUUGACGCUGGCUCAUCAACAAAUGACAUCGGAUUAUGAAAAACUAAAACAGGACGAAGCCGAUAAAUCACAGAAAUUGCAAGAAAUCAUUCUUACCAAUGAAAGAAGAGAACAAGCAAGGAAAGAUCUCAAAGGUUUGGAAGAUACAGUUGCUAGAGAGUUGCAAACAUUACACAAUUUGCGUAAAUUAUUUGUGCAAGAUCUUCAGGCUCGUAUUAAAAAAUCAAUUACGUCUGAGGAUAACGAGGAUGAUGGAGGUUCUUUAGCACAAAAGCAAAAAAUUUCAUUUUUGGAGAAUAAUUUAGAGCAGUUAACGAAAGUUCAUAAGCAACUAGUUCGAGAUAACGCUGAUUUAAGGUGUGAAUUACCAAAAUUAGAAAAACGUUUACGUACUACAAUGGAAAGGGUUAAAGCACUCGAAACCGCGUUAAAGGAGGCUAAAGAAGGUGCUAUGCGGGAUCGGAAGCGUUACCAAUAUGAAGUUGAUCGAAUUAAAGAAGCUGUUAGACAGAAGAAUUUGGCUAGGCGUGGUCCACAAGCUCAAAUUGCCAAACCAAUCCGUGCCGGUCAAGGUCAUAUAGUUGGUAUUCGAGCAGGUCAACCAAAUCCAGUGAUGUCACAAACAUAAUUUAGAAACUUUUGUAAACCAAUAAACAUAAAGAUAAAAUUUAAAAAAGAAAUAUAAAAAAUUAUAAAAAAAAAUUAAAAAAUUAGCUUACAGAAUUGGAGUUAUAUUUAAAAUAUUGUGUUAAAGUUAUAUUUUUUAAAAUUUAAUUUUUUUUACAAAGACGGAUAAAUAUAAUAUAAAAUACAUAUAUACACAAAAUAAAAAAUAAUUUAUAACAAUAUUUUGAUUCAAUAUUCAAUUUUCUUUAAAUUAGUAACUUUCUCGAAUUUUGAUUUUCUCCUUUUAAAUUUCAAAUACAUAUUAAUUAAAUACGUUAUGUGUAUUUAAUGUUGCAAACGCAAAUAUUAAUUAUGGAUUUUAUAUAUUAAUAAUAAUUGUACAUUAGAAUUCGAACGAAAUUGUAAUAAUUGGAAUUAAAGAAAUAUUAUAAAUUCUAUUGACCAAAUUAGUUUAGCAAAGUAAAGAAAGUUUCAAAGCAAGUAUUAUAUGGUAAAUUAUAAAAUUAUUAAAAUUUACCUAGAAUCAAACAAUCACUUGAAAAAAAUAUAGUAUUGUCAUAUUAUUCAAUAUAAAUUCAUUUCAAAAAUAUAUAUUAUUAAAAAGUUUCUUUAAGAAGUAUAA